CCCUCCCCCAGCCAGCAAGUCGGCCCCAGCGGGACCCUCCAGCUACUUUCUCCCCAUCGCCCCCUGUGUGCCAACGGAAGAGAUCACUUUCUGGUGCGAGCCUCAGGCCCACCCUAAGAGGGAAGGAAGAGGAGCACCCUCAGUUUACAGGUGAAAAGAGAGAAGCACAGAGCAGCUAAGAGAUGUACUCCAGGCCAUAGAGCCGGAUGCUGCCCAUCACAGAACACCUGCUGCACCUCCUGGGAGUGGAGAAGACCUCGUUCCGCCUGUAUGCCGUGUCUGGGCUCCUGCUCUCCCUGCUCUUCUUCCUCUUCCGCCUGCUGAUGCAGUUCCUGAGGCUCUGCUGGCGCUUCUACGUCACCUGCCGCCGCCUGAGCUGCUUCCCCCAGCCACCCCGGCGCAGCUGGCUGCUGGGCCACCUCGGCAUGUAUCUUCCAAAUGAGACGGGCCUCCAAGAUGAGAAGAAGGUGCUGGACAACAUGCACCAUGUGAUUUUGGUGUGGAUUGGACCCGUCCUGCCGCUGUUGGUUUUGGUGCACCCUGACUACAUCAAGCCCCUAGUGGGUGCCUCAGCUGCCAUUGCCCCCAAGGAUGACCUUUUCUAUGGUUUCCUGAAACCUUGGCUAGGAGAUGGGCUGCUGCUGAGCAAAGGUGACAAAUGGAGCCGCCACCGCCGCCUGCUGACACCUGCCUUCCACUUUGACAUCCUGAAGCCCUACAUGAAGAUCUUCAACCAGUGCACUGACAUCAUGCAUGGUAAAUGGCGGCGCCUGGCACAGGGCUCAGUGGUCUCCCUUGACAUGUUUGAGCAUGUCAGCCUCAUGACCCUGGACAGUCUUCAGAAAUGUGUCUUCAGCUACAACAGCAACUGCCAGGAGAAGAUGAGCGAUUACAUCUCAGCCAUCAUUGAGCUGAGUGCCCUGGUGGUCCAGCGCCAGUAUCGUCUGCAUCAUCACAUAGACUUCAUCUACUACCUCACGGCAGACGGGCGGCGAUUCCGGCAGGCUUGUGACACCGUGCACCGCUUCACCACGGACGUCAUCCAGGAGCGGCGGCGGGCACUCCACCAGCAGGGGGCUGAGGCCUGGCUGAAGGGCAAGCAGGGCAAGACCUUGGACUUCAUCGAUGUGCUGCUCCUGGCGCGGGAUGAAGAUGGGAAGGAACUGUCCGAUGAGGACAUCCGAGCUGAGGCGGACACCUUUAUGUUUGAAGGUCAUGACACAACAUCCAGUGGGCUCUCAUGGGUGCUCUUCAACUUGGCCAAGUAUCCAGAGUACCAGGAGAAGUGCCGGGAAGAGAUCCAGGAAGUCAUGAAAGGCCGGGAGCUGGAAGAGCUGGAGUGGGACGACCUGACUCAGCUGCCCUUCACCACCAUGUGCAUCAAGGAGAGCCUACGCCAGUUCCCACCAGUGACCUUGGUCUCCCGCCGCUGCACGGAGGACAUCAAGCUUCCAGAUGGGCGCAUCAUCCCCAAAGGAAUUAUCUGCCUGGUCAGCAUCUAUGGGACCCACCACAACCCCACUGUGUGGCCUGACUCCAAGGAACUGCAUCGGACAGAGCUUUGCCAUGGCCGAGAUGCGCGUGGCCGUGGCGCUGACGCUGCUGCGCUUCCGCCUGAGCGUGGACCGAACGCGCAAGGUGCGGCGGAAGCCCGAGCUCAUCCUGCGCACGGAGAACGGCAUCUGGCUCAACGUGGAGCCGCUGCCUCCGCGGGCCUGAGCACCGGCGCCUCCCUGCGGAACCCCGGGGGCCCAAGCCCCGCCCGGAGAGGCCCAGGCCCCGCCCCCGAGGGACCAGGCCCCGCCCCCAAGAUCCUGAGGGCAGAAACCACGCCCCUCGAAGUUCACGUUCGGCUCCUAGAAGACCAGGCUCCUAGGCGGAGAAGCCUGAUGGUGCAAGCCACGCCCCUCACGACAAGGCUCCGCCUCCUGGCGGUCUGGUCCUGCCCCUUGAGGUCCAGGUCCUGUCCCCUGAGGGCCCGUUCCGGCUCUCCAGCUUGAGGGAUCAGGCUUGGCCAAAUCCCCUUGGGCCCAGACCCCUCCCAGGAUCCAGAGCAUUCAGGGUCUCAGGCCCCACCCACCCAGCCACCCAAGGACUUAAGACCCAACACCUAAGGCCUCUGGGAUUCAGGACCAGUCCCCCGUGGAUUCCGGCUGGCUUCCAAGUUGAGGACUUGGGAACUGGAGCCCGAAGUUAGAGCCCUGAACCCGGACAUCACCUUCUUGAGGCUCCCAGCUCAUUUGGGCGAACUCCUCUGACAUCUGGCUGCAUCCCAGGGCUCAGGAUAUGUGCUUCUGCUGUUUUGUAAAUCUAGACCCUCCCUCACAAGCCCCUUCCUUCCUCCCUUGCUGAAAGGCCCUUCGCUGAGUGUUCUGAUUUUUGUAGAAUAAAAGCAAGGGAUGCAGACGUC